CUCUUGUAAUAGAAAAAAAAAAAGUUAGAAUAAAAAACGCAUGAAAAAGCGACAACACAACAUCAAUAUAUUCCGCUAAUUUCGCUGUCACUCUCUCCAAUUUCUCUCUCUCUCCUUGCACAACUUCUCUCUCACUCUCCCUUACUCUCAAGUCUAAAGAAGGAUGGCUGAUGCAGAGGAUAUUCAACCCCUUGUCUGCGAUAAUGGAACUGGAAUGGUUAAGGCUGGGUUUGCUGGAGAUGAUGCACCAAGAGCAGUCUUCCCUAGUAUCGUUGGUCGUCCCCGACACACCGGAGUCAUGGUUGGUAUGGGCCAAAAGGAUGCAUAUGUUGGAGAUGAAGCUCAGUCUAAGAGAGGUAUUUUGACGUUGAAGUACCCAAUUGAGCAUGGAAUUGUGAGCAACUGGGAUGACAUGGAGAAGAUUUGGCACCACACCUUCUAUAAUGAACUCCGUGUUGCUCCGGAAGAGCAUCCCGUUUUGCUGACUGAGGCCCCACUGAAUCCCAAGGCAAACAGGGAAAAGAUGACUCAGAUUAUGUUUGAGACAUUCAAUGUCCCUGCCAUGUAUGUUGCUAUUCAGGCUGUUCUGUCACUGUACGCUAGUGGUCGUACUACAGGUAUUGUGCUUGAUUCUGGUGAUGGUGUGAGCCACACUGUGCCAAUCUACGAGGGUUAUGCUCUACCCCAUGCAAUCCUUCGUCUGGAUCUUGCUGGUCGUGAUCUUACCGAUUACCUCAUGAAAAUCCUCACUGAGAGAGGUUAUAUGUUCACAACAUCUGCUGAACGGGAAAUAGUUCGUGAUAUUAAAGAAAAGCUAGCGUAUGUUGCUCUUGAUUAUGAGCAGGAAUCAGAGACCGCCAAGAGCAGCUCUGUGAUAGAGAAGAACUAUGAGUUGCCUGAUGGUCAGGUGAUCACAAUCGGAGCUGAAAGGUUCCGUUGUCCAGAAGUCCUCUUCCAACCUUCACUAGUUGGUAUGGAGUCCGCUGGUAUCCAUGAAACGACAUACAACUCCAUCAUGAAGUGUGAUGUCGAUAUUAGAAAGGACCUUUAUGGUAACAUUGUGCUCAGUGGUGGUUCAACUAUGUUCCCUGGUAUCGCUGAUCGUAUGAGCAAAGAGAUUACUGCGCUUGCUCCUAAUAGCAUGAAGAUCAAGGUUGUUGCUCCACCUGAGAGGAAAUACAGUGUGUGGAUAGGAGGAUCUAUUCUUGCAUCACUUAGCACUUUCCAACAGAUGUGGAUCUCCAAGGGUGAAUAUGAUGAGUCUGGCCCAUCAAUCGUUCAUCGUAAAUGCUUCUAAACUAAACUUUGUUUCUGAGAUCGUUGGCGUAAGUAUCCCCCCCCCCCCCCCCCCCCCCCUCCUCCCCCCCUUUUCCUCCCUUCAGAAAAAUGCUACAGCUUGAUGAAACUUUUGAAUCUUGUACUAUAAUUGCUAUGGAUUUUGUAGGUUGAAAAUUGUGAAUCUUUUAUCUUUGUUGAAUGCUUGUAGUUGCGCUCUCUAUGUUAUGUAGUUUUGUUGGGAAAUGUGUCAAAUAUUGUGAAGAGUAGUUGUUUGGUCUUUUUUUUGAAGGAAUUGAGGAUUGUUACCCUCCUUUUGGAAUUGUUCCCUGUUGUAUUUGGAGUUUUUGUAGUAUUUGAUACCCCAUCGAGUCAUCGUCAUUUCGUCUAUUGACAAGGUUUCUAUAUACUAUGUAGUACAUUAGUACUAUAUACUAUCCAAAGAAAAUAAAACUACCUGUUUUGAGUCGUUUGUUUUA